CCACGUCUUCUUAUCGUUCCCCAAAAUUCUCUGGAGUUGCGCAAGAUGAGCGGCAACACCUCUGAGGAGACUUUCGAGUUCAUCGAAACGCCUGCGGCGUCUUCGACCGUCUCCGAGUUUGAUUGCGGGGUCAAGACCACUUCGUACCCUACAAUUGCCAAUGCCCCCCUCCCUGCUGAGGGCUCUGGCCGCGAGUCGUUCAACAACUACGCCCUCCUCUCGCUCGUACUCGGCGUUCCUGCCUACCUCACCUGGAAGAUUGGCGGCGGCUUGAAGACCUGGAUCUUCAUUGGCCUCCUCACCUUCUUUCCUAUCCUCGGACCUUUCUGGUGGAUCACCUCCGAGUUCGCGCCCCGCAAGAACGAGAAGGCCAAGCUCCCCGGCAAAGACAUUGAGCACUACCUCAAGUUCAACAAGGAGGAGGAUCGCGAUGCCUACUAUGGCAAGAAGAAGAUUCCCAUCGAGACUUUCCAGGAGAAGUACUUCGAUGGUGAAGUUGAGUUGAAGGGCGACAUGCUCGACAUUCUCGAAUGGCGCCACGACUGGUCAAAGCCCCGCAUGACCCUCGGUCUGAUCAAGCACUUCCUCUUUGGCAUGAUUCCCGAGAUGAUUGUCCACUCCAAGUCCCAGGACGAGGAGCAGGUGCGAGACCACUACGACCGCGGUGACGAUUUCUACGGCUGGUUCCUCGGUCCACGCAUGAUCUACACAUCUGGUAUCAUCUCCGACAUCAACAAGGAAGAGACUCUCGAGCAGCUCCAGGACAACAAGAUGGCCAUUGUUUGCGAGAAGAUCGGCCUCAAGAAGGACGAGAAGAUGCUUGACAUUGGUUGCGGUUGGGGUACGCUCAGCAAGUUCGCUUCUGCCAACUAUGGUGCUCAGGUUACCGGUAUUACACUUGGUCGCAACCAGACUGCCUGGGGCAACAACGGUCUCAGGAAGGUCGGUGUCUCGGAGGAACAGUCCAGGAUUCUCUGCAUGGACUACCGCGAGAUCCCCGUUCCCGCUGGAGGUUACGACAAGAUUACAUGUCUCGAGAUGGCCGAACACGUCGGUGUUCGUCACUUGGCUGGCUUCUUCCGUCAGGUCAAUGGUAUGCUCGAGGACGAUGGUGUCUUCUUCCUCCAGAUCGCUGGUCUGCGUAAGGCAUGGCAAUUUGAGGACUUCACCUGGGGUCUCUUCAUGAACAAAUACGUCUUCCCUGGUGCCGACGCUUCCACUCCUCUGGGCUUCGUCAUUGACACCCUUGAGGGUGCUGGCUUUGAGAUCAAGAUGGUCGACACUAUCGGUGUCCACUACUCGGCUACUCUCUGGAGGUGGUACCGUAACUGGCUCGGCAACAAGGAUAAGGUCAACGCCAAGUACGGUGCCCGCUGGUUCCGCAUCUGGGAGUACUUCCUUGCCUACUCUACGAUUGCAUCCCGCCAGGGUUCUGCAACCUGCUUCCAGAUUACCUGCGUCAAGAACCUUAACGCCGUUCACCGUAUCGACGGUAUCAACACCCAGUACUCCCUGGCUGGAGCUCUUGAGGCGAGCAAGGCCAAGAUGCGUAACCUCCUCCCUAAGAACAUUUGAAUUGAUGACAAUGUUUGAUAUGCUGCUUCGGCAGAUUAUCGACAGUAUCGUCGAUUCAAGUGAAAAGUCGGCUAUCCAGAUGCAUAGGAUAGCCUCGAUGUAGAAAAAGUUGUAGUUGCAUCUUGUUUGAUGCAUCGACUUGGACCGAGUAAUGAGCAUGAUUUGUAUGACGAUAUGGAACAUAUGAAUGUCACAACGUAGCGCAUGUAACAAUGAAACCUGCUACCACCUUUACAAA